UUCACACCAAAUCAAAGGUUCUUAUUAUUCAAUUUACAUUAUUAAAUUUAUAAAUUCAGUUACUACUUAUAAUGUUGAUGUAACACAUUACGCAUAACAUAACACAAAACUUUACACCGGCAAAACCCGCCGCCGGUGGAAUCCAAAAAACUUCACAUUCAAAUUUUCAUGCCCAUCAUUUUUUAUUGGAAAUUCAGAUACCCAAUUAAGAAAAGUGAAGAACUUUGAAGAAAUUUUGAAGAAAAAAGCACUUUUUGUUGUUAUUAUUAUGAAGAAAUAGUGCAGUUGAAUUAUGGAAGAGAAGAAAAAACAUCGUCGGAGAAUGUUACUAUGUGGAAAAGUUUCACGAAACGGUGUUGUUUCGGGAUCGGUGCCGGUGUAUCUUAACGUGUACGAUCUGACACAAUUCAACGGUUAUGCUUACUGGUUUGGUCUUGGUGUUUAUCAUUCUGGUGUUCAAGUUCAUGGUGUUGAAUAUGCAUUUGGUGCACAUGAGUAUGCAUCAACAGGGAUAUUUGAAGGAGAACCAAAAAAGUGUGAAGGAUUCAGAUUUAGGAAGACAAUAAUGAUUGGAAAAACAGAUAUGGAAAUUGGUGAAGUGAGAAGUGUGAUGGAAGAACUUGCUGCGGAGUACAAAGGAAAUGCUUACAAUCUCAUUACAAAAAAUUGUAACCAUUUUUGUAAUGAUGCUUGUGUUAAGCUCACUGGAAAUUCUAUACCUAGUUGGGUUAAUCGUCUUGCUAGAAUUGGUUUUAUGUGCAAUUGUGUUCUUCCCGUGACAUUGAACUCAACAAAAGUUAGACAUCAUCAUCAUAGAAUAGAAGACAAACAAUGUGAAGAUGAUAAACUACUCAAACAAGCACUGACAAGUGAACCAAACAAAGUUAAUGUUUCAAGUUCAACACCUUCAAGAGCAUCUUCACCGGCUUCUUCUAGCUCUGGAUUAAGACGGGGAAGGAGUAGGACAAGACGUCCUCCACCUUCACCUUUGAUUAUUGCAUCCCCUUCAUCUUGAUGUUUAAAAUCUUAAAUUUUUUAUUAUUUUCUUUUUUGUUUUGUCCAAUUUUACAAUAGUUGCUAUCAACAAACCAAGAAAAGGCAACAUAUUGGAUUUUUAAUUGAAAAUUGUUAUUAUUCAUUCUUUGUUACAUCUAAUGAGAUAGUGACUUUAUAAAGA